AGCGCUGAGUUCGGUCACACUGUGCGACAGCAGCUCCAUUUACCACGCGUGUGCAGCAGUGUGCACCAGUGUCGCUCGAUGUUGCUGGUGUUGGUGCAUGUUAGUGUUUUUCGGUAAUAAUGGAGGCCCAUCGCUCCUGAACCCUCACGUAAAGUCUGACUAAUCACUGAAAACUCAGGUGAUCAAGCACCGAUCGCGGACGAACGAUUACGGCAAGCGCAUCAAUGCGGCGGUAGCUCUACGCGAACGCUUCGGCACGCACCGACCUACACACGCAAAAGUCCAGCCCUCAAACAACAUCUCAUACAACAGUACAUUCAGUGCCUGCUUAAUACCUUAUAGCGCAGAUCAGCAUGUCCUCCGACGACGAGAAACCGCCAGCGCCUCCGGUGCGACUAACCUCCAACAGAGGCACAGACUUGACCAACUCAAGUUUGGCUCUUGAUAGACCCUUGCCCAAGGAGCCGGAGGAUGCCGACCGCAAGAAGAAGAACAUCAAGUUUAAGACAAAAAGCCAUAAGUCGUCAACGCUUAGUAUGGACAACAAGCCCAACAUUUCAUAUCCUACCAAUUUUGAGCACACUGUGCAUGUGGGCUUUGAUCCAGCUUCAGGAGAGUUCACUCUGCCACUGAAAGGAAUGCCUGAAGCUUGGAGCAAAUGGUUGAUGAAUUCAAACAUCACCAAGCAGGAGCAGAAGAGCAAUCCACAAGCUGUCCUCGAUGUUUUAAAUUGGUACGAGUCGAGCGGGAAGCAAGAACAGAAUACAAAAUAUAUGACAAACACGACAAAUACGACGCAUUCGGGUUCUUCCAUAAGUAGAGUAUCAAGUUCAAGUCCAAGUAGCACGACACCAACCGAUGUGGAGGGCACUCCACAUUCAUACCAUUCUCCAGCGCACGCCCCUAGCUCGGAAUUGGAGGAAGACUACGCUCCACCUCCGCCUAUUGCCACUCGUCCUGAACGAACUAAGAGUAUUUAUACAAAGCCUAUCGAAGAACACCAAACCAACAACCACAGUGUGCAUUCGAUUAGCACCCCAACCCACACGCCAAGCCCGGUACAUACUACGCCCACACACAAUGUGACUAGCAAUAACUUGCAACCGACGCCGAUUACCACCGCCCCGGCGACGCCUAUUCUUGACCGAAACAAGAAUCAGGCGACGCCUGAUGUAUCACGUGGCGCUUCAGAGAAACGCAAGAAGAAGCUGUCUGAUGAAGAUAUUCUAGAAAAACUGCGCAGUAUUGUGUCUGUUGGCGAUCCGAACCGUAAGUACAACAAGGUCGACAAGAUCGGGCAGGGCGCUUCCGGCACAGUUUACACCGCCAUGGAAUCUUCAACCGGCGUUGAGGUAGCCAUAAAGCAGAUGAAUCUUUCCCAACAACCCAAGAAGGAGUUGAUAAUCAACGAGAUUCUAGUCAUGCGAGAAAACAAACACGGCAACGUCGUCAACUACCUUGAUAGUUAUCUCGUAAAUGAGGAGCUAUGGGUGGUGAUGGAGUAUUUGCCAGGAGGGUCUCUUACAGACGUUGUCACUGAGACGUGCAUGGAUGAGGGGCAGAUUGCUGCUGUGUGUAGAGAGGUGUUGCAGGCGUUGGAUUUCUUGCAUUCGAAUCAGGUUAUUCAUCGCGACAUCAAAUCGGACAAUAUUUUAUUAGGAUUAGAUGGAUCAGUUAAACUGACGGAUUUUGGCUUUUGUGCUCAAAUAAGUCCAGAACAAUCGAAGCGGACGACAAUGGUAGGCACUCCGUAUUGGAUGGCACCCGAAGUCGUAACUCGAAAGCAGUAUGGUCCUAAGGUCGAUGUAUGGUCGUUGGGUAUAAUGGCCAUCGAAAUGAUCGAGGGCGAGCCGCCCUAUUUGAACGAAAAUCCGUUAAGGGCCUUAUACUUAAUCGCUACGAACGGCAAGCCGGACAUUAAAGAAAAAGAGAAGCUGUCGCCGGCUUUCCAGGACUUUUUGGAUCAAUGUCUAGCGGUGGAGGUGGAAAAACGUGCAUCGGCGAGAGAAUUAUUAAAGCAUCCGUUCUUAAAAAUAUCGAAACCCUUAGCCAGCUUGACCCCCCUGAUUCUGGCGGCCAAAGACGCCGCCAAAGGUCACUAGCAUCGGCCGUCUUCGACAAAGCGUCGUUUCUGAGCGAUGUUUGCCAGAUUGUAAAACAACACUCGUGUAAAUACGGAGAGAACACUAUGAUAAAUCUAAUAGAUUUCUAGAUAGGUAGGAACCAAAAACAAAACUAACUAAAAAAACGUAAAUAUUUAGGCGAGAAUUAUUAUAAAAAUUGACACUAAUUCGACGAUCAAUUAGAAGAUUUUAAUGUUAAACAAAUUUCAAGUUGACAUCAGAUAUUGUUAAUCGUUGGCACGAACAAAAACACGAAACGAGUUGAAGAGUGAUGGACAUAUCAAUUUAGGCAAAAGCAUAUUUUCAAAACAUCAAACUUUUCUUUCGCUAUACGUACAUAUUUGAAUACCAAGCCGGAAAUUUGGAUGCAACGUUCCUAUAUGUAGCGAGACAAGACGAGCUUCAAGAUAAUUUAAUUAUUUAUUGCGUUACCGCGAAAGUAUAACACUACCGAAAACAUAUUCGUGUUUCAGUUUGCGAUUUGUGAUAUAUACGUAUGUAGUAACAUUUUAGCCCAUCAAACAUCCAUCGAACUCAUCGGAAUGGUCAUCAUCUUGUCAUCAUGUUCUCAUCUCAAGUUAUUAAUGUCGGUUUCUACCAAUGAGAGAAAAAAAAAAUAAGCAGAGCUACUGAAAGUAGUGCAAUGUACAUUUAUAGAAUCGAGAACGAAAAUCGACUGAACAAUAAUUAGUGAAACGUAGAGCAAACAAAGAUUAUUACCAAAAAAAAUGUAUAAACUUAUAUUGCUGGCAUGAACAAUUCAAAAAUCGGACGUAGGUGAGUAAGCAAAACUUACAAUAAUUACAUUACUUGCAUUAAUUACACGUGUACAAUACGAUAUUUUUUUAUGUGUACCAUAUGAGAAAUUUGCUAAAUAUGAAUUACAAAUGAAGUUUAUUAAAACGAGUAUAAUAUAGGCGAUAAAACAAAUUAUACAUACAUAUGUGAAGAGAUAGCAUAACGAUUAGCAGUGAUUGUGUUUAUUUUCAAUACUUUCGUGUACUUAGCCGAGCUUUAUCAGAGGCAAACCGAUCCGAAAAUGCUUUUUAUUAUUCUAGACCAAAAUUUAUACAAUGAAUGUCAGCUGUAUUAGUGAGAUCUUAGCUAUUUGCUACACCAAAUAUACAAACAUUUUUAUAUCAGUGAGUACAGAGGGUGGUGGUAAGAAGAGACGGGGGGCAACUGAAUGUGUUAAAAAUAUUAGAAGCUGUCAUAAGCGAAUUCAUCCUGCGUACAUCCAUCAUCAGAUAACAUUACCUAGAAUGGAGCAAUACAAUAUAUAAAUAUAUUCAAUAUGUAUAUCUUUAUUUAAGCGGAAAACGUGCAUUUGGAUAUUAACAUCUUAUUUUAUCGCAAGUAAUCAAACUUUGUUUACGUUCACUACUUGCUACUACUGCUAUAAUUGAUUGAUACGGCGACGACGACGAAAUAUUUUAAAUAUUUUAUUAUUCAUUACAUAGAACACAUAGAGAUUUAAGAUAGAUUCGUUAUAUUUAUGUACGAUUGCUUUGUAGCUUAUUUUAUUAUCUUGGAUUUAUUACCUUUUUGUAUUGAUAUACUUAUUUUGUGAUUAUUGCGUUAUCGUCUUCUGCGUUGCCAUUUAAUGAUUAUAUUGACGAUUUUUUGUAUUACGACACGCGGACAAAAAUGAGAAUGCGCGCAGUGUAAAACGAUUCAAUUUACGAGUCAGCCCGUGUAAAAUUUCGUAUUCGAUCUAAUUACAUUUGAUUAAAAUGGGCUAUGAAAACUGGAGAUUGACUUGUAAAAUAACGGUAUAUACAUAUAAAAUAUUAUUGAAAUAGCUCAUAAAAUUAAUAAUUGAUAGUAUUUUUGCACUAGUAAACAAGAACAAAAAUCUGGACAACAAGAUACUAUUGUAAAAAGAUGUAUUUAUAUUGACCUAUUAUGACUUAUAAACGAAAUGAUAUUGUCAAUGACGAAUGCAAAUCGUGUUUAGGAACUAAACUACUUGCAAAUGUUUAUUGUUUGUAUUCGUGAUUAGUACAAUGCCAUUAAUAAUUUUGUGAUUAAUUAUAUUCGCGCUAUUAUACAUAUUACAUGUUUUUUAAUAGACAAGAAAUGUACUAUUUCUUUCCUAUUUAG